AGAAGAGGUAAAGAAGAUAGAGGAGGAGGUAAAGACAGAAGAAAAGCAAAAGAAGGAAGAGGAAAAAGGGAAGAAAAAAGAAAAGGGGAAGAACAAAGGGAAGAAGGAGGAGAAAGGGCAGAGUGAGGAGCAGGUGAAAGCACCGAUUGCAGCUCCAGAGCCUGAGCUUAAAACUGAGCCAGACACUGAGCAGGCUCCUGAUCAGCACUCGAUAAGCAGCGCAGAGACACAGCAGGCUCAAGAGGAACACAAGGAAGAAGCUGCGAUAAAGAAGGAGCCCGAAGUUGUGGAAGAAGUGAAGGAGGAUACAGAGAAAAAAGAGGAAGAACCAGCAGAACAGGAGAAAGAAGCCAAAGGAGAGGAGAAAGCAAAGGAGAAAGCAAAGGAGAAGGCAAAGGUGGAGAAGGCAAAGAAGGAGGAAGUGAAGAAGGAGAAGCCUGUAAAAGAAACAAAGACCGAGAAGAAGGCAGAAGAGGCUAAAGGCUCCAAACGUCAGAAAACCAUGCAAUGCAAAGUCACCUUACUGGACGACGCUCAGUUUGAGUGUGAGCUUGAUAAACAUGCUAAAGUCCAAGAACUUCUAACAAAGGUGUGCGACCAUGUCAACCUGCUGGAGAGAGAUUACUUUGGCCUCUGUACCUGGGAAACCCCAAACAGCAAGACAUGGUUGGAAUCCACCAAAGAGAUCAGGAAACAGGUUUCAGGUGCUGUGUAUGAGUUUACAUUCGGUGUAAAGUUCUAUCCUCCUGAUCCAGCACAGCUAACUGAAGACCUCACCAGGUACUUCCUGUGUCUCCAGCUGAGGAAGGACAUUAUGUGUGGUGUUCUUCCCUGUUCCUUUGUCACACUGUCCCUGCUGGGCUCCUACACAGCCCAGUCAGAGCUCGGAGAGUAUGACCCAGAGCUCCAUGGACCAGAUUAUGUUAAGGAGCUGAGCCUGGCCCCAGGACAGAGCAAAGAGCUGGAGGACAAGGUGACGGAGCUGCACCGCACAUACAGGUCUAUGAGUCCAGCCCAGGCAGACAUAUUGUUUCUGGAAAAUGCCAAGAAACUAGCCAUGUAUGGAGUUGACCUGCACCAGGCUAAGGAUCUUGAUGGUGUCGACAUUACGCUGGGGGUUUGCUCUAGUGGUCUGAUGGUUUACAAGGACAAGCUGAGGAUCAACCGUUUCCCUUGGCCGAAAGUGCUCAAGAUCUCUUACAAACGCAGCAGCUUCUUUAUCAAAAUCAGGCCAUCAGAGCAAGAGCAGUAUGAAAGCACAAUUGGCUUUAAACUGCCCAACUACAAAGCCUCCAAGAAGCUGUGGAAAGUUUGCGUUGAACACCAUACCUUCUUCAGAGUUCCAACAGUAGAGCCCCCCUCAUCACGUCGCUUCCUCGUCUUGGGCUCUAAGUUCCGGUACAGCGGGCGUACUCAGGCCCAGACCCGCCAGGCCAGCUCCAUGAUUGACCGCCCAGCCCCUCGCUUCACACGCUCUGCGAGCAAGAGGCUGUCCCGUAAUCUAGAUGGAGCUGGAGAUGAAACUCUCCAGUUCCUGCAGCAACUCUCAGCAUCAACCAGUUCUGAGGUUGAUGAUUGGUUCCUGACAUCUGACAAACCGCAGCCUUCUCCUGAAUUCCCAGCCAGAGGGGAGUCUGAGCAGACUUUCAUUCGGCCCUGGGAGGAAGGGCCGUCUGUUCACACAGUCACAGUAAAAUGGCAGGACACUGAGACUGAGCAGACUGGCUCUCAAAGCACCACCCAGACAGUCAGUCAGCCGUGGCAGGAGCUGGCAUCGGAUGAGCAAUGGCAGAGGAGAAAGUCGGACGAGUGGUCUGCCCUGCUCACUCGUCUUCCUCUUUUUCCCUUUGUCCCACCUUUUGAUUCUGUGAAAGAGCCAGCUAAGCUCAGCUUGGCAAAAAUUAGCUCUAUGGACCGGCUGUUGCAACCAACACUGACACAGCAAGAUGAUUGGUUCCUUUACUUUGACCGAAUCUUCAGCCUAUCCUCACUUCAGCGUGUUGACAAACCAUUCCUCCCAGUCUCUCCCCAAGCUCAGUUCCAGGUCCAGGAGGAGGAUGAGCAGGGCAUGUGUGUGGCAGAGCAGGAAGUGACCAGUGAGGAGGACAUUGACAGGCAGCAGGAAACUGUGAUGUUGGUCCACAAGCUGAGAGUGGUGGAUGUUUUGGAAAGGAGGCUGAGGGAAGUUAGGGAUUUAGAGGAAAGGCUCCAGGAAAUGGAUGAGACAGCAGAGCUACUUCAGGAAGUAAUAGAAGAGGAAUUGGGUAAGGAAGAGGUAGAUAGGUUGAGACAGGAAAAGGAGGUAGAUAGGUUGAGACAGGAAAAGGAUGAUAUGGAGCAGGAAGAAAGAAUGCAAUUUGAAGGUGUAACAGAAACAGUCUUGAGAACGUCUGUGAGGACAAUAGACGUAAAAGAGGAUGAAAUGGAUGAAUUGGAAGAGCAGAUAAAACGGGUGUUUUUAAAAGGCUUGGUACCUGAAGAGGAAGACUCCGAGGUGAAGCAACAGAGUGAAAAGGAGGCGACAGAUGAGAGUCUGUCAGAUGAUGGCUUGAGAGAGAAGCUACGCCAGAUAGAAAGGGAAUGGAAAGAUGAGGUGGAGGAGAAGUUGAAGUCUGGAUCUUCAGAUGUCUCCAGUACCACUUCUGUAGUAGCAUACCAGAAGGUGGAGCGUAGGACUAAGAAGAGAGUGACUAUUGUAGAAGAGAGAGGGCAGAAGCAGAAUGGAAUAGAAAAGGUGCAGGUACAGUAUGAUGAAAUGUCAGAGGAGAGUCUAGAUAAAGAUGGGACAUUGUGUAAGACAGAAAUACGGGAAGAGAUAACUGAGAGAGAAGUCACAGAGAGGCUUCAGGCUGAGGAUCAAUCUCAGGUGGCAGAUAAGGACGUCUGGUUCAUACUUUUUGACCGCCCUCCACGCAGAGCUGUUUUUAAACCACCAGUUACCACCGUGGAACGUACUCAGGUGGAUGAAGGCGUGUAUUUCACCUCAGAGACUGAGAUUACAACAGUUGAGGAGAAAACAGAGAUUAUAGUAGAAGCGAGACAAACAAGAGAAGAGGAAGUAUGGCGUGUACCAGAGAUCCCACCACCACAGACCAUCACAGAGAGAGAUGAUGACUGGUUUGUGUUGCUGGAUGCUGUUCCCAGGGAAACAUCUUAUGUACCACCAGUUACCUUGAAGGAAAGAGACCAAAUGGGUGCAGAAAGGUUUAUCUCGGUCUCGGAGGAGGAGAUUAUACAAGUAGUGUCUGAAGAGAGAAAGAUAAUAGAAGAGGCGCCAAGACAUCUACAAGAAAUCCCACAACAGCCAGUGACCAACAGAGAUGAUGACUGGUUUGUGUUGCUGGAUGUUGUUCCCAGAAAAAGGCCAUAUGUACCCCCAGUUACCUUGAUGGGAAGAGCCCAGAUGGGUCCAGACAGUUUUGUCUCUGUGGCUCUAACUGCAGCCGAGGAGGAGAUUAGAGAAGUAGUAGCUAUAGAAGAGUCACCAAGACAUCUACAAGAAAUCCCACAACAGCCAUUGACCGACAGAGCUGAUGACUGGUUUGUUUUGCUGGAUGUUGUUCCCAGAGAAACAUCCUAUGUACCACCAGUUGCUGUUGCAGAGCGUGUUAAAGUGUCCCCAGAAGAACAUGUCUUUCUGGUUGAAAUAACAACCAUUGAGCAGAGAGAAAAAAGAGUGGAGAUUUUGGCAGAAGACAGAGAAAUAAAAGUGCUGAGUGAAAAGCAAGUAAUAGCACUGCCACAGGCUGUUAGAGAGAUAGAAGAUGAUUGGUUUGUGCUGCUGGAUGUUCCCACCAGAGAACCAUCAUAUGUGCCACCAGUUACCAUGGUCGAGUAUGUUCAGGUUUAUCCUGAAGAAAGCGUUCCUACUGUGGCCGAAACAAUAACCGUAGAGUCGAGGAAGGAGGCUGUAGUUGAAGAGAUUGUGGUGCAAAAAGAGGACAGAGGACAGCAGAAAGUAUCCCAGCCAGUCAGAGAAAGAGAUGAUGACUGGUUUCUUCUGCUGGAUGUUGUUCCCAGAGAAACGUCCUAUGUACCUCCAGUUUCUCUGGCGGUACCGAGCCAGAUUCAUCCAGGUGUUCAACCUCAACGAAUUGAAGUGAUAAGCAUAGAGCAAAAGCUGCAGCAUGUUGAUCCUAAACCAAUUAGACUGCAGCCUUCCGAGCCACUGUCAGAGAGAGAUGAUGACUGGUUUGUGCUGUUUGAUACUAUUUGUGAAGAGGCAGUCCUACUUCCAUCAGUUACUCCUGUUGAGAUUAUUCCGGAUAUGAGCAAGAUGUUUAAGGUUGAGGUGACUACCACAGAGACUAGAACAUGGAAGAAGAUGAUAAUUGGUGUGGACAGCCGGCAAGAUGUGACACAUCUGUCUGAAAUAAGAACCGGCAAAAUUGCACUGCCGUCAGAGAGAGAAGGAGGAGAUGAUUGGUUUGCUCUGUUUGACGACAUCCGCGAAAAGCCUGUUUUCAUACCGCCAGUUGCUGUGGUUGAACGUAUUGUGGAUGUGGUGGCAGUCACUGAACCGAAACCCAAAUUCAUCAUGGAAGACGUGAGGCCCCCGGUGAAGUUGGUGGAGAUGAAACCGUCACAUCCGAGACAGGUGGAUGACGACUGGUUUGUGCAGCUAAAUGUUGCAGCAAAAGUACCAGCGGCUGUGGAGGAACGUAUCCGUACGCAUCCUGAAGUAAGACCAGCUGAAGGGUUUGCAGCCAUAGAGCAGAGAGCACGGCAGAGAAUUACUAUAGUGGAGGAUAUGUGGCAGCAGGAGAAGGCGGUACAGCAGAAACCGCGUCCAGCAGUGAGAGAGGUGGAAGAUAAUUGGUUUAUUCUUCUGGAUGUGGCCACUAAGAAAUCAGUCGCUGUCCCUGAGGGCAUCCGCUUCCCAGCAGAGGUGAAAGUUCCUGCUGUGGCCAAAACAAGGAUUUCCGAGAAGAGACCACAGUUUGAGAAACGGAUCCUGGAGGAAAGACGUCCACUCGCACAAACCCAUGUCAACGAUGAUUGGUUUGUUCUGCUAGAUGUUGGCCUCAAAGAGUCAGUGGUGAUUACACAUAGGGGCACCCGUCCUGUCAGCGCUCCAGUCUUCUCCCAGGCUGCUCUGGCUGAGGCAGGGAUCCCCAUGGCCCUCCUCGAUCAGCCCCAGACCUCCACUCCAAUCAGGACCAGCCGGCUGGAGGAAAGAAAGCUGGAGGUCACUGUAGAAGCUGUGGAGCCUUCAAAAAUCGAGACUGUGGCUGAGGUUAAGCCAGCAGCGUGGAGGGACCAGAGAGAAGUAGACUCUUUCCUGAUAACCACCAUCAAUGGGGACAUUCAGCACGAGUCUGAGGUGACGAGCACAGAGGUGGUGCGAAUGCGAAAGAAAAGAGCUAAGAAAAUUGAGGGUGACUCAAUUUAUAUGAGACAUAGCCUUUUAAUGUUGGAGGAGUUUGAUAAGCCUCAGGAGGACCUGCUCCGGCACCAUGCCAGCAUCAGUGAGCUGAAGAGGAACUUCAUGGAAGCCGCCCCGGAGACCAGGCCCAGUGAGUGGGACAAGCGCCUGUCCACGCACUCUCCGUUCCGUACCCUGGGUAUCAAUGGUCAGCCUCUGCCCAGUGCAGAUGGGAGCAUUAGCUUCCUUUGCAAUGGUUCAGAGACAAAGACUGCACAUGAGGAAACCAGCAGCAAUUUGGGCUUUUCAGGCAUACCAAGGCCCACUGUAAGCCACAAGAGUGUGUCUGAUGGCGUUGACGCCCACGGUGCUCCAGUUGAGGAGGAGUCAUGUGAUCAGGAAGUGGUUGUAGUUUUUGAGACCUCCUUGGUGCCCAUCCUAGAGGUGGAGAUGGCGCAGCUGCCUCCCUCCCUUGACCCAUGCUGUAAAGCUUUAGAUGGGACGCAGGAGGAAGAAGGAUCGUGUACCGAAGUGUCGGAGUGCUCUGGAAAGAUAGCUGGAUCUUCCCCGGCUUCCUAUUUCAGGGGCGAUGGUCCACAGGUCGUACGCUGCUUCCAGCCCCCUCUGGUGCAGACCCAGACAGUCACCAUCACAGCUGUCUCCAACUCCUUACCCAGUGGCAUCUCCACCACAGAGGUCCCUAUCGUCCCGACCAAGAGCAUCAUCUAUGAGUCUUCAAAGGUGGCAGCAGAUGGGACAGAAGAGGACAAGGAUGACACAACUGUGUCCAGCUCCAAGACUGUUACCUCUGAGACUACCAGUGGCACCACAGUCACCACCACUACCACUCACAUCUCAAAGGUAGUAAAAGGCGGAUCUUCGGAGACUCGCAUGGAGAAGAGAAUCGUCAUCACUGCAGACUCUGACAUCGACCAAGCUAAGGAGAAAGACGGCGGAGCAUCAGCAUUGUAACUGAAUCACCACCUGCAUUUAUUCCUUUAACUUUCCACCUCUGACACACACUGACCAGCUCUAUCUGCGCACACAUAUCCAAAAGGAAAUAUUUCAUAAAUCUGCCCCAUUACGGAUAACUAAGUAGAUAAAUCUUAGCAGAUCCUCGUUGUUUUCUUUCUCAGUUGUAGGUAGGGCUGCACAGUGCUCGAGGUUGAUCAAAUGCUCAUCUCAUUCAGGUGGUAAUAAAAGCUUAGUGGACACACUUUUAGUGGUAAAAAAAAAAAAAUACAUUUUCAGUUGAGUGGUGUCAGUUAUGUUUGCUUUUAAAUGCUUUUAUUUUCCUAGUGGUUUUUACAUUGUUGACUUUAUACAAAUGCACUGUUUCCAUUCCAGCUUAGACACCAUUAUCAGCAUUUAUUCCCUCGGUGCUGCUUAAGGGAACGCUAAGUCUACAUUCAAGGGAAUACUUUUUUUGUUGUUUACUUGUCUAUUUAAUUCAGGAGAGACAAUUUUUUUUUUUAUGAAAUGACAUACCUCACAUCAAUAUGUGAACAAAGAUAUGCUGUGCACAAAUUGUUUGGCUUUGUUCACUGCUCAGGUACAAAAACAAAACAACUUAAAAAUCCCUUCUUCCCUAAUCAGCCAAGAACCAGUAGCCUACACAUUAUUGUAAAGUUUGAAUUAAAAAUGGAUCUAUUUUGAAAUAUUCCUCUAUUUUAUAGACUUAAGGCUUUUAUAGUAUUUGUACAAAUUUGAGGUUUUUAAGUUAUUCAUCCAUCUGCUCUUUAAAUUGUAGGUUACCAUUGUUCUGUUUACUGAAUUUCGAGGUCUCUACUUAAGAUUUGCUUACCCGUCUUGCCUGACACCCUGAAUCAUUCUUAUUCGUUUCGUCUUGUAGUCCAACAAGUUUAUCAAACCUUUCACAAUUUCCAUAUGACAAUGGAGUGCUUCCCUCAGCCCUAUGUUUUUGUUCAGUAGCGUAGAUGUCAUUAUUGCUUUGAAAAUUCUUGGUUGAUAAGAAAAGAUUUACAAGCUUUGGUCUGUGUAUCUCAGGUUUGAUAUUCUUUGUAAGACUACUACAGACCUCCCUAUGAUUGUAUGAGGAAUGUCCGAAUAUGUAUAUCCAUCCCUCCUUUAAAGGGUGAGGUCAAUAAAAACAAAGCUUGUAUGUCACAGUAACCACACAUGUAAGAGCUGAAGGCAGCUGUCCCAGUAUAUGUGGCUUUUUCUCUCAUAGGAGCACAAGUUGUCUUUUUUUUUUACAUGUUCUACUAUACAGUAAUUUAUUUGUAUUGUAAAUCUUGUGUGAUUUGAUGUAUUAUGUUUAAACACAAGCUGGUUUCCAGGCUUCCACUAGAGAUGUCACAAUGUUAAAUAUUGCAUUAAUUAUCAACCAAGUUUGUAAAGCCUUUUCACCACAUAGAAGUAGAUUGCUCUCUCACUUGCUGUGUCCUGUGCUUUUCCAUAGAAGAGGAAAUGUUUAAAAUACAUGAAUCCCUUUUAGAUGGAAUGUUUGUUAGAAAAGCCAUUGGUAUUGUAGCUACAUGGACAACAGAUACCUCUCCUGGAAGAAAAAUGUAGAAUUUCACAUGAAGAAAAUAGUUUUUAGACGAUGGAAAAUAUUGUUGCUUUGUGACUUAUCCCUGUCUUUUAAUUAAAAAAAAAUAAAAGAAGGCAUUAUUUUGCA